CUUUCGUUAUGUCUUUUUUAGCUCGUCAAUGUCAACGAAUCAACCGUAUUUCAACAACUAGUUCUUAUUUUUCAAAGAGAUAUGCUCACAAGAAAAGUGCCAUUCAAGUCAAACUUAAUGACUUUGUUGAAGGGGUUGGUAUCAAAGACGACAUUGUUUUAGUUCGACCUGGACUUAUGCGAAACAUUUUAUAUCCUGCUGGAAAGGCAACUUAUGUAUCAACAUACGAAGGACCUCGUAAUCGUAUAUUGGAAGCAAAUGAUAAUCAUAACCACGUGGAGGAUGUAUACUUACAACAACAACAGCAACAACAACAACGUCAACAAGCAACAGAACGAUUAGUGGGUGGAUUGGAAAAUGUUAAUGAACUUGAAUUUAAGCGUGCAGUGGUACCUAAUAGUGACAAUACAUUUGGAUCUGUUACAGUUGAUGAUUUGGUAUUGAAAUUGAAAGAAGAUUAUGGACUGACGAUUGAUAAACAAGCUAUUGAAUUCAAGUCAGAAGGUGGUCGUAUCAAAUCAUUGGGUGAACAUAUUGUACAGGUACAGAUUGGUGAUGUAUCAACAAAUGUGAAAGUGAUUGUCAAAUCUACCUAAAUCCUAGCGUUGUGUUAGUUCUUUUUUUUUUUUUUUUAAUUUUAGUUAUUCAUUAUUAUUCAUUAUAUCUCGUUUUGUUAAUCUGCAUGCAUCAAAGCACAAACAAUGAAUAAAAAUAGAAAAAGGAAAUUUACCUCUUGACAUUCAAACUCCGUAUACGCCUUUUUUUUUUCUUGUUUUGUCUUUUUUUUACAUAAAACUUG